AUGCUGCGAGCCCUGACCGGUGCCCUGCGCCUUCCACGCCCCUGGAGACCCCUACAGACCCGCAGCUGCGCCUCCGAUGGGGCGGCUGGGGACCCGGAGAUCCAAGUGCGCGCCCUGGCAGGUCCAGACCAAGGAAUCACGGAGAUCCUGAUGAACAGACCAAGUGCCCGUAAUGCCCUGGGGAAUGUCUUGGUCCGUGAGCUUCUGGAAGCUCUGGCCCGGCUGCGGGAGGACCAGCAAGUACGCGUUCUGCUAUUCAGAAGUGGAGUGAAGGGUGUGUUCUGUGCAGGUGCAGACCUGAAGGAGCGGGAGCAGAUGAGUGAGGCAGAAGUGGGGAUCUUUGUCCAGCGGCUCCGAGGCCUGAUGAAUGAGAUUGCAGCCUUCCCGGCACCCACUAUUGCGGCUAUGGACGGGUUUGCCUUGGGUGGAGGCCUGGAACUUGCCCUGGCCUGUGAUCUCCGAGUAGCAGCUUCCUCGGCUGUCAUGGGGCUGAUUGAGACCACCCGAGGGCUCCUCCCAGGAGCAGGAGGGACUCAGAGGCUGCCUCGAUGUCUAGGGGUGGCCCUGGCAAAGGAGCUCAUCUUCACAGGCCGAAGACUGAGUGGUGCACAGGCUCAAGCCCUGGGGUUGGUGAACCACACUGUUCCCCAGAAUGAGGAGGGCAAUGCUGCCUACCACCGGGCAAGAGCGCUGGCCCAGGAGAUCCUGCCCCAGGCACCCAUUGCUGUGCGGCUGGGCAAAGUAGCCAUUGACAGAGGAAUGGAUGUGGACAUCGCAUCAGGGAUGGCCAUUGAAGGGAUAUGCUAUGCCCAGAACAUCCCCACCCAGGACCGGCUAGAGGGCAUGGCAGCCUUCAGGGAGAAGCGGCCCCCCAGAUUUGUUGGCAAAUGA